AUGGGUGGAACCCAAACGGCGCUUGUUGGCUAUGGCGGUGGAGGCACCCAAACUGCUCUUGGAGGCUUUGGUACGCAGACUGCUCUUGGUGGUUCUCCUCCUGCUGGAACGGCAACUGCUCUCGUUGGUGGAGGUGGUGGAACGCAGACUGCAAUGGGAGGAGGAUAUGGAGGGACGGCAACAAGCUUGGGGAACGCUCCUGCGGCAGGUACAAUGACUGCUCUUGGUGGAGGAGGCGGCGGGACGAUGACUGCUGCGGGUGGUGCUUCUCUUGCUGGUUCAAGUGAGUUAAAACUUAAAUCCUAAACCAUCAU